CGAUGUUCGAAGCCCCGCCGCCGCCAUUGUCGUCAUCCGCCCCCGCGGCGGCGCCUGCCGCAGGACAGGGAGAGCUCGUACUCCGCGACCCCCGGCAGGCAGCAGCCUCAGCCUGGCCAAUUGAGGAGGCAGCACCCCGACCUGUCGUGCUCGGGGUCCGCCUCCACCGCCGGCGCGGUGCUGGCCGAGUCCAUGGGCCUCGGGCCCCUUCCCGAGCCCAUCUCCGUGG